AUGGAGCAGGUUUCUAGCUUUUUGGAAAACAUUCUCGUCGUUGAGCCCGAUAAGGCAGAGAAAAUUGAGCGACUACCUGAAGCUGCAAAGUCUCUGACUAAACCACUGACCAAGUCACUAACUAAGCCACUGACGGCAGAAACAGCUACGGAUAAUGAGCCGGCAGCAGAUCAGGCGGAGCAAUUACCUAAUCCAUCAUUAUACUCUGGAUUUUGGUACUUGGAAGACGAUCCGCGUAAAGCGUCAAACCAAUUGACAGAAAAGUUGAUGGAAAAAGUGUUGAAUGUAAUCAUCAACAGUGAAACGGAGGCCUCGUCUGGUCUUGAAGCAAGAAUGGCGGUGCAUCGAACAAGACCACCGUUCUCUGUCAACCUCAUGUCCACAAACAGCACGCAUUUGGCCCAAAAAACUUCGCCUGUUUUUGAAACGAUCGACGCCAUUAUCCUGUUCUUUUGUUGGUACAAUCCCGCAUAUACUAUAGGGGUGCUUAUGCUUGUUACUCAUGUGAUAUUGAACCCUUAUCUUGGAACAGCCUUGCCACCCGCCCUUCUUAUCAAGAGGUUCAUUGUACCCAGUUAUCUACGGCUCUACCCACCUGAUACUUCAGUGAUAGACGGCGAACUUUGGGCUAGAAAUCCAGAACCAUACCAGGGUCCACCGCUCAAGAAGUAUGAACCACCGAAACCCUGUUCACAGUUCUCGCGUGAAUUUCUUAUGAACUUUGCUGAUUUACAAAAUCAGAUGGUGUGCUAUAUCCGUUUGUACGACCAAUUAGUAGCCUGGGGCCAACACUAUUUUUUGUUCGAAAACUAUAAAUUGACAUGCGUGGUGUUUGCUAUAUUGGUUUUUGUCAUUGUUUUUGAACUUGCAGUGUUACCUAACAUCAUGCCAUAUAUCUUGCUUUACUUUCCCUGGAAAACGUUUUCUAUCAUCAUGGUGUGGUUGUUUGUCGCUGCAUUCCAUCCUAAAGUCAAAGAUACCUUAUUGGAUUAUUGGCAUUCUGAAGACGCACGGCUCGCACGGCUCGACUCGACUGACCGAGUCGAAACUUUCCUAACAAGCUUUGUAGCGGAAGAAAUCAAGUCUGAUAUCUUGCGCCAAGUCGAGAUUUUCGAGCUCCAUCGUCUUUCCUCGCGUAACAUUUGGGAACCUAUGGGAUUUGCCACAGAUUACUAUACGCUUAACCACCCACAGAGGAUCAUGGAACUGCUUGAACGCAAGAAGGAUGUGAAGCCAAAGGAGAAGAAGCGACGCUGGUCGUCUGAAAAGAAGGAUAAGAAGAAAAAGGAUAAAAAAGAAAAGAAAGAAGAAACCAGAGAAGAACGGGGAAAGACAGAAGUGAAUGAUUUUAGCGACAAGGCCGGUGCUCCUGAUAAUCAAAGCAGUGCUGUUGAUUCAACUAGAGAUACCAAGCAGAACGUUUCCACUGGAGACAGCGGUUCUAUUAAAGAAGGUGCUUCUAUAGGGGAUACCUCUUCCGUUGAAGCAUCGAUUAAAGACGAUGUACCACAACUUUCUAUCGUGAAAGAAACCAGAAACGCAUCUGAAGCUGCCAUAGUCCUGCCCGAUAAAGAAAUGACUCCAGGCAUUAUAUCCGAGAGCGAGCUUGAAGAGGCACAAAUUCAAGAACAUAUAGAUUCUGCUAAAGAGUCUACAAAAGAGAAUGAGGAAGACACACUUCCGAUUCCACUCAGAGCAAGUCUUGGCGAAAUCAGGCUGCCCCCACACUGGCAAUUUUCGGAAGAUUCAUGGAGUAUCGAUCUCGAACCACACAUCUGGGUUGACCAAAACUGCAUUAUGGAUUUAGUAAAUGUUGACGCAGAUGAAAAAUGGGUCUAUGACUUCGCUGACAAUGGCGACACACCAGAUGGCCACGUAUUUCGCCGAAGAAGAUGGGUCAGGGCCUGCAAGAGAGAGAAAAUUGUUGCUACCGUGCCUACUCCAGCAACUUCUAGUCGAUCUUCCGAGUGGUUGUCUAAAACAUUAUCCCUCACUUGA